UUAGCCGCUUCCCAGUUGUGUUCUAGUCGAAUAAAUUCUUUUAUAAUUUAAUUUUAAGAGGAACAGUUGAUUAUUUGGUGCACGGAGUUUACAGUCAUAGAUACAGAUGAACCAACUCAUAAAACGCGCAAUUUCUGUCAGCGGACGAUCGUCAUUUAUCUGUCUCGUAAGGAGAUUCCGCGUGUCUUCUCAAAACAUGGUUAUCGCAGUAGGUGACAAGCUGCCCACAGUUGAUCUUUUUGAAGAUUCUCCUACAAAUAAGGUGAAUCUUGCAAAAAUUGCAUCUGGGAAAAAAGUUGUAGUUUUUGCAGUACCAGGAGCUUUCACUCCAGGAUGUUCAAAGACACAUCUUCCUGGUUAUAUACAAAAGGCUGGAGAUUUAAAAUCUAAAGGAAUAGCAGAAAUCUUUUGCAUUUCUGUAAAUGAUCCAUUUGUCAUGGCAGCAUGGGGUAAAGAACAUGGAGCAGAAGGCAAGGUACGCAUGUUAGCAGAUCCAGCAGCUCAGUUUACAGAUGCAUUGGAACUAUCUGUAGAUUUACCAGUGUUAGGUGGAAAAAGAAGUAAACGCUACUCAAUGGUUCUUGAAGAUGGAGUAGUUAAAGAAAUAAAUGUUGAACCUGAUAAUACAGGACUUUCAUGCUCUUUAGUAGAAAAUAUUAAAGUUUGAAAUGUAUGUCAUUAAAUAUUACAUAGAAAGCUUACUAAAAAGCUUAUAGACUGAUACUUUAAUUAACU